AUGAUCUUGAAAACCCGCCGAAGUCUCAACGUUACCAAGAUUCUCGCUGGAGCACUUGUUUUCUAUGCCAGCGUCUAUUUGCUCUGGCCGGGAUUCGAACAUAUCUAUGCGAUCGGCUUGAAAGAACGGACCGACAAACGAGACUUUCUGACUUUAGCAUCUCUCGCUGCUGGUUUUAAGGUCGACUGGAUUGACGGUGUGCGACCUGACGACCUGGAUCCCAGAUCCCUACCUAAUGGAGUCAACCUAACUGUUCUGAAACCCACUGCCGUGGCCUGCUGGCGCGCACAUAUGAAUGCAUUGAAGACGGUCCUUCAGAACUCCUACACGACUGCCCUUAUCCUCGAAGACGAUGCGGAUUGGGACGUAGCCGUUAAACGACAACUCCGCGAAUUUGCCCGUGGGGUACGCCAGCUAAAUGGCGAGGAAGCCGCACCCAAAGAAGCCCCCUAUGGCACGAACUGGGAUAUCCUCUGGAUAGGAGGCUGCGCCUCGGCCCCCGGAGCCAAUGAGACGACCUUCUUCGCCAUCCCAGAGGACCCAACCGUCCCCAGCGUUGAUAACCGGGACGGUUGGGGCGGUCCACUGGAUAAAUGGAAAGAACAGUAUCCCAACCUGCCGGUUGAGUCGACGCGCUUCUUAUAUCGGGCUGAGAUGGGCUGCUGUACGUACGGAUAUGCCGUCACAAGGGAAGGUGCUCAGAGAAUCCUUUCCGCGCUUUCCGUGGAUCGCCUUGACUGUGCUGUCGAUAAUGCCAUGAGUGACCUGUGCGCCGGCACUAACGGCCGUCGACGGCUGAAAUGCUUCGCUACGUUUCCUAACUUGAUCGGCACGUAUAGACAUGCUGGUCCGGCAUCACGCGACUCUGAUAUCAAUGGCGGGGAUGACACCGUAUUCCAUGAGGCUCAAGCAUGGAAUAUGGUCUACAGCACCCGGCUCAACAUUCAUCAGCUGGUGGGGGGAGAAAGGAAGGUAUAUUCGCAACACAAGAAUAAAAAAACAGGCGUCAUAACGGAGUUGGAUUUGGCGGAUAUUUACUAUCCAAGGGGCGUUUUAGUUGGCUGA